UACCCGUAAGAGAGUGGUGUUGUCAGAUCAAUCCUCAUCUCCUUGAAGUUGUUCUGCAAUCAAACAUUGCUGCGCUCGUUAACAAUCUCAAGCAAUUCGAUCUGCCAAGCAGCAUGGAGGGUGUUCUCCAGCAAUGAUCUCAAAGGUAGCAGCGUGAUCAUAGAUUUUAUGCUUACAUCGGAUUCCUCGAUCCAAUAAUUGGAUUUAGUUUGAAGGCACCUGUUUAGAUCUUUCAUGUUCAUAGCUGAGUGAGGAUUCUGCAGACUUUGUUUUUUUUACGUAUUUGUUUACUUGGGGAGGAAGAAAGAAGAAAAAGAAAUGAGUUUCUGAAGAAGAAAACUCCAUGAGAAAAAAGAACACUUUCAAUUUGAGACAAAGCUCUAUUUCUUUUGAUAAUAGAUAAUAGAAGAAGAAAAAGAAGAAGGAAGACGGAAGAAGGAAGAAGACGCGUACACAAGAAUUAAUCUUGAUCUUGAUCUCUGCUGUCUUUGGCUCUGCCCUGCUGAGUCACAAGCCUCCAUCUCAUGACGUGUUCGCCUAUCCAUCCGUUUGCGGAACUUAUUUGGAAGCCAUUCUCUCUCGCGCUCUCCUCGGAGUAGUUUUGAGAACACGAUCAGACAAUAGCAAAUAGUAGAAUAAGAUCGAACAAGAUUUUUUAUUUCCAUAAUCUAAAUCAUCCGCGUUCAUCAAGCGCUUCGUUUGCGGUGCCACCUGGCUGCUUCUUCCUGUGGCCGACACAGCGUGAAGGACGUGUUUCCGCCUGUUUCGGAGAUCUUUUGUCGUUUGAGGCUUCGAGCUUUCCUUCUCUCUCGUUUUCUUCGUUUCUCGACCUCCGACGAAGGCUCAAGACGCGGGAGGGGAGCCAAAGGCGCUUCUUUUGCGCGAAAGCUGGCGGCUUGCUGCGGUUUCAGGGGGUGCAGCGAUUGGACGAGGGAGAAAUGGACGGUGUGAUGCUUAUGAAGGGGGCCCCGUCUCCGGGGCUCGCCGUAGGCCGCGAUGUCGGUGCCCGACAACACCACCCGGCGACGAAAGUUAGCACCUUGGGGCCGCGUGCCGCCGCGGGGGCCGGCGGUGGGAGCGCGGCGGAGGCGUCAGGGCCCGCGGCGGCUGCUAGGCAUUCCUACAUGUUCCCAUUGCGGCUGGAUCGGCUGUGGCCCGGCCGGAGAGGGGCGGUGGCGGGGAAGCGGAAGGGGAGCGAGGAGGCUGCAGUUGCGGAAAGGGCAGAAGACUCACAGGUGCUUAAGGAGCUGCCGGCGGAGCAGCGGAGCGACAACUGGGUGUUGAAGAUACUGAGAGUGAGGUCGGUGUGGGCGGAGAGGGAGGGGGCUGCGGCGGGCGGCGGCGAUCGAGAGGCGGCAGCUGUUGAGGACGGAGACCGGUGCGUUGGUUGCGGCAGCGGCGGCCACGAAGAUGGCUCGGAAGGGUGCGUCAUCGACGGCGUGGGGAAGGAGGAGAAGUUGGUGUUCGAUCGUGAGUCCUUCUCGCGGCUGCUCCGAAGGGUGUCUUUGGUGGAGACAGAGCUCUACGCCAAGAUGGCCUACCUCGGUAGCCUGGCAUACAUCGUUUCCAAGAUCAAGCCAAAAAACCUCCUGAAAUGCUAUGGACUACGAUUUGUUGCUUCGUCAUUGGAGAAUAAUGGAAAGUCCCUAAAUUCCGAUGAGGCUAAGAAACCAUCCCAAGAUCAAGAACUGAAAGAGGAAAACAGCGAUUCAGAAGAGAUUGACACAAUGAAGGGAAAUAGUACCAGCGUAAGUACAUCUGCUGCUCCCAAUCUGCAGUAUCAGACUACGGGUGCUCUGCCCUAUGGUGCUGCUCAGACAAAGGACGGCGAGAAACCGGUGGAAGGUAUCAGCGACGACAAACAAGACAGAAGUGUGAGUCCAGAAGAGGUGUCUCGCAUGGCCACUACAAAAUUAGUCACUCAAGCAGUAGCCAGUAAGGAGGAAAUGAAACAAGCCAUUGCUGGGGACUUGAAUUCAAGCCAGUCCUUACCAUGUGAAUGGUACAUAUGUGAUGAUGAUAAAAGUGCUACAAGAUAUUUUGUCAUUCAGGGUUCUGAGACACUGGCUUCUUGGCAAACAAAUCUUCUUUUUGAACCCAUUCAAUUUGAGGGACUAGAUGUACCUGUCCACAGGGGUAUAUAUGAGGCUGCUAAGGGAAUGUACCAACAGAUGCUACCAGAAGUCAGAACUCACUUGAAGUCUCAUGGUAAAUCUGCAACUUUUCGCUUCACUGGUCAUUCUCUUGGGGGAAGUCUUGCACUUCUUGUGAAUCUCAUGUUACUGAUACGAGGAGAAGUGCCUGCUACAUCCUUGCUUCCUGUUAUAACAUUUGGUGCGCCAUCCAUAAUGUGUGGUGGUGAUUACUUGCUUCGCAAAUUGGGAUUGCCAAAAUAUCAUGUCCAAGCCAUAACUAUGCAUAGGGACAUUGUUCCUCGAGCCUUCUCCUGCAACUAUCCAGAUCAUGUAGCUAAGAUUCUCAAUGCAGUUAAUGGCAACUUUCGUAAUCAUCCAUGUCUCAAGAACCAGAAACUGUUGUAUGCUCCUAUGGGGAAGCUUUUGAUACUACAACCUGAAGAGAAGUUCUCUCCGCAUCACCACCUUCUUCCCCCAGGCAGUGGCCUCUACAUCUUGGACAAUUCAUCAGUGGAUUCAGAUGAUUCAGAAAGACUACUGCAGGCUGCAAGUUUAGCUUUCCUAAACUCUCCCCACCCUCUUCAGAUACUUAGUGACCCAUCCGCAUAUGGUUCUGAAGGAACAGUAUAUAGGGAUCAUGAUACAAAUUCCUACCUGAGAUCAAUCCGUGGUGUGGUCCGUCAGGAGCUUAAACUCAUUAGAAAAGCCAGGAGGGAGCACCGUCGCAGAAUGUGGUGGCCUCUUGUGGCCACACCGGACGUGCAUCCCACUGUUGUCACCACCAGAUCUGUUGGAUCAACCAACUCCAACCAAAUCCAUUUCAGCUUUGUCAGUGUUCUCCAUGGAGGAAGUAGAACACUCAAGCGGUUUGCAAGGCUGGUCGCAUCUCAGCGUGUGCAUAUGUUUGUCAUGCUCUUUUUUCCAGCACGUUUAUUUCUCUUGGGAGCAUUAUCUGUUGUCAGUUAGUUGCUGUAGUUUGAUGCAGUUGCAUUCUUUAUUCGUCAUACAGAUUCUUCCAAAGGAUAUUGGAAUUGAAAGGAAACAAUUGUCAUUUUUCACAAUAAAUAGAAAUUAAUGCAUUUUUUAAUCAAAAAAUUAACUCAUUUUUCACUUAUUAACUUCUGUUUUUGCUAUAACAUAUCUUUGCCUGUUCAAACUUAAUAUCAAAUUUAAGAAUAUACAUCAUGAGCAUAUAGAUUGUAUUUAAGAAUGAACGUCUUUCAUCCCGAAGCCUUUUUAUAAUUUUCAUUUCUCUAAUUUAAGGUACAAUUUGACUCAUUAUAGUAAUUUGUCUCGCAUGCAAUGAGUGUCAUAUUUACAUUGUAUAUAUUCUAGUAUCCUCGUUGAAGGAAUUUGCAGACCAAUUUGUGGAAGAAAAAGGAGAUACAGUAUGACGAGAUGUGAUCAAUACUCUUAAGCACUGAGAUCAAUUUACCAUCACAAGUCAUCUGGCUUUUUUCUUUCUGGUAAGCUUAAUCCUGAACUUGCUUUUUGGUCCUUUUUUACUGCUAUGACUGCUAUGUCAUGAUUGGUUCUAUCAGUUGGCCAAUCAGACCAUAUAGCUCUUCUGAAUUAUGAGGUUUAUUUGUUAUGUUUUGUUUACUUAAUUGGAUCAGUUAAUGCUUGCUUUACUUGCCAUUUACUGGAAAAUUCUAUUAAUACUUGUCAGUUUAGAUAGUAUUGGUACAAAUAUGGCCAUCUCUUCUUUGCUAAAAGUUUUGCUGUCUGCCAACUCAUGAGAUAUAUGCAUUGCAGAUAUUUUUUGGCAAGAAGAGUUGCAUGACAAUAAUUAUCAUUAUACAAAUGCGAGCUCUACAUCCAAAACGUGAUCAAUGUACAUUUCUCUUAUGCUUCGUUAAGGAAUAGUUUCAGGCUUCUCAUUACAAACCAUGACAGUAAAACUCAAAAUUAGCUUCUUUAAUGAAUAAUUUCAAGUGAUUGAAGAGAAGCCACAUAUUUGCAUUUGUGAUCUGUCAUUUUCACCACAAUAGUAUCGCAUUUGUUAGAACUUAGAUUUGUGUCGGAAUUCCAAAAAACUAGUAAGAUAUGUCAAAAUCAUGUUUCCGUUCACUUCCUGUCCGGGCCUUCAAUAUCCUGUCGCCCAAAAGGGUAGGGCGUAUUGGCGGCAUGCUUCGAGAGGCAGGCUGAAAACUUCUUGUCACUUGGAUAAAAUUUUCCCAGGACUGGAUGUUCCCUUUUUAGUUCUAUAACUUGACUGAUUCCAAUGGUUCCAAAGCAUCACUUUAUUUUUCUCCAGCAUUUCUGCAGAUUAUAUUGGAGACUAAAGGCUCAAUUAUUUUUCUUUCUUGUGCCAUGGAAAUAUACACAUCCAAGUGCUGACAGGUAGUCAUCAGAUCAACCUUUGUCUUGUUCAAACAAACCUUUCUGUGAAGGAGAACAGCAACAAAACUGAGGUCCCAGCUUUUGCCUGGUUGAUGUUUUGAAGCUUAUCUCUUCAGUCAGACGCGUGUAUCGUAUGCGUGGGACUAUGACAGCUACUCAAGUUGUAUUUGUAUGUAUGUAGUCAUCAGCUCAACCUUUGUCUUGUUCAAACAAACCUUUCUGUGAAGGAGAACAGCAACAAAACUGAGGUCUCAGCUUUUGCCUGGUUGAUGUUUUGAAGCUUAUCUCUUCAGUCAGGUUGCAGUCAUCUCAUGACAAUCUACAGUCAAUUGGCCUUUUCUGGAUGUGUAUUGGACAAAGUCAUGCAAGUGUUAGAGAGGCCUACUUCUUCACGUUUUCUGCCCGGUUGUUCUUCGGAAUUAUCUAGUGAAGAAUCCAUUGAUGUUUCCAACUUGACAAGGUUACAAAUUUCUCAUUCCUUGCUCGAGUUUCCUGAGGAAAUCGUGUCUUCAGCAUGGCCAAGGUUACAAAUAAUCUUUGCUGUUCCAUGAACUUUGAUGCCGAACACAUUAACUUUGCAGCUUAUAUCAUGUUCUUAAGAUAUUAUCAUGCCCUGUGACUAACAAAAAAAAAAAAAAGGUACUGUUUUAUCUACAGAUUGAUGCAAUCAAUUAGCAUAUCAAAAGAUUGUGUUUGUUCA